AUGAGCCAGCAGCAAGCAGGAGCAGGAGGAGCCCCCAACCUCCAGCUCAGCCCUGCGGAGCGACUCGCAUUCGCCCACUACUUCUCCCUCGCCGACCCUUCCAACUCGGGAAUCAUUCAGGGUCAGGCUGCCGUCCCCUUCUUUGCCAAGUCGAAGCUACCUCCGCCUACGUUGGGCCAGAUCUGGACUAUUGCCGAUUCGGCCAACAAUGGAUUUCUUACUGCCCCAACAUUCAGCGUUGCAUUGCGCCUCAUCGGCCAUGCCCAGCGUGGUGAGACGCCAGAUGAAGCCAUGAUUCAGCGUCCAGGUCCACCGCCUGUCCUGGAGGGCAUCCAGCUGCCCAACCUUCCCGCUGGCGCGUCCCCGAUGAGCCCGCAGCGCACUGGCAGCCUUCCCCCUCAGCCUGCAAUCCAGAUUCGGCCAGAAGAUCGAUCGCGCUACACGCGCAUCUUCGCCAGCGCUGGCCCCUCGGGCGGCAUGCUCGACGGCGAAAAGGCCAAAGAGAUCUUCGUCAAGUCUCGCCUCCCUUUCGACAAGCUCGGGGCUAUCUGGAACCUCGCGGACACAAAGUCUCGCGGCUCCCUCGACCUCGCCGACUUCAUCAUUGGCAUGCACUUCAUCCAGGCAACGAUGAGUGGAGCCAUUCAGAACGUCCCCGCCGUCUUGCCUCCAGGACUAUACGACGCUGCUGCAGGCACUGGCUCAGUGACGCCAGGCAGUCCCCUGCGCGCUCAGCAGACGGGCGGAUCAGCCUCAGCCGCACCUCAACAGAUGUGGGGCGUCGCUCCAAUGUCUCCAACACCCACAGGCAGCGCCGGCAACGCCUCUUUCAUUGCAGCUCAACGUACCGGCGGUCUAGGCGCCCCCUUUUCCCCUGCAGGCCCCAACCCAGCAGCCUCACAGUGGGCAGUCACGCCCACGGACAAGGCGAAAGCAGACCAAUUCUUCGAUGGUCUCGACACGGAUCGCCGAGGCGAGCUGCCAGGCAACCUCGUCGUCCCCUUCUUCAUGCAAAGCAAGCUCAGCGAGACGGUCCUUGCCAACAUCUGGGACCUCUCGGACGUCACUCAGUCUGGCUCGCUGUCGCGGGAGGAGUUCGCCGUGGCCAUGCAUCUGAUCAAUGCGGCCUUGACAGGGGGUGAAGUGCCGCAGGAGCUUCCUGCCAACCUGGUCCCGCCCUCUUUGCGCGGUACGAAGUUGCCCCAGGCUGUCGACCCGCAGCAGACGGACACCCAAAAGGACCUCUUCUCACUCAUGGACGAUGAUCCCUCCGAUCUGCCCGUAUCAACCGCGACCGCCUUUGCUGCUCCCGUCGCCGGCGCACCCAUCGCCCAUGGUGUAUCCGCGGCCGCCCCCGGCGCAGCCGCCAAGUCUUCUCCCUUCGACGAUGACUUCUUCACCAGCGGCGACAGCGAUGCACAGCCAGCUGCGAAGGGGGCCUCCACGCAAGCCGCAGCGGGUGUCACCUCCCCCAAGCCCGCCCCCACGCCCGCCGCUGGAGGGUCCUCACGCGCCGUUCCCACAAAUCAGAGCGCAGAGUACGGCAACAAGUCACUGCAGCUCAAUAGUACUCAGAAGGCAGUCGACGACCUCCAAUCGAAGCGCUCCACCCUUGAGACUGGCGUGGCGCAGAACGCAAGUACCCUCGCCGAAAUCGAGUCCCGCCUUGCGACUGUGCGCUCCACGCACGAGACGGAGUCUCGCCUUGUCAAGGAUCUCGAGGCUCGCCGUGACAAGCAGGCUGCUGAGCUUAAGACACUACGUGACGAGCUGAUUAGCGAGGAAUCGACCCUCUCCCGCUUGAAGGCGGAGAAGGACGAGGUUGAGCAGCAGGUAAUGCAUGACCGCGAGGAGGUGCGCGUGGCCAAGAAGCGCAUGGCGGAGGUGCAGGGGGAGCUCAGCACGCUCAAGGCUGAGGUAGAAAAGCUGAGAAAAGAGGGAAGACAGCAAAAAGGAAUGGUUGCCAUUGCGAAGAAGCAAUUGAGCACCGCAGAGGGGGAGCAUGAGAAGGUCAAGGGCGAGCACAAGGAGUUGAGCGAGGCGCCAGUGCAAGAUGCCGAGGAGCCGCAACAGCAGAGCCGUGAGCCACCUACUAUGGCUGGUGGACUGAGCGUGCCCGGCGCUACAGAACCCGUGGCUAGCCCGGCGGGAAGCACACAGUCCCUCAAUCCUUUCGACCGAUUCAACAGUGGCGGCACCGACAGAGAAGCAGGCAGUGGCGGUCACGGCGGAGCCAUUGCUGGCGGUCUCGCCGCUGGAGCCGCAGCAGCCACAGCUGGGGUCGGAGCUAUGCAUCUGGCCGAGCCGAGCGACAAGAAGGGAGCCACGAAUAAUCAGGAUGACGAGGACGAUCCGUUCGGCAUGAACACCGGCGCGACGGCAAGCCAGCAGCAGCCGCCAGCCUCUCGGGCCCACACGUUCGACGAUGCCUUUGGUGACGACUUUGCUCCCUCCUCUGGCCAACAGCAGCAGGCACCUCCAGCAUCGAACGUAGGAGGAGCAGCACCUGGUGCAUCCUUCGAUGACGCCUUUGGCUCGUUCGACGAUGAUCUUUCGGGCGGAGAACCAGCAGCUGGAGCUCAGUCAGACCGCGGCUUGGCAUCUGGCGAACAGACAGCCGUCGAUGCGCCCACCGCUAUGGCAACCGCCGAGCCUGCCGCCCCUGCACCGACCGCAGACGAGGUAGCGACGGAUGCUGACGUCGCCGACACAGGAGACACGAUGACCUCGUCCAAGGGCAAGGGCAAGGAGCCCAUCCGCGGUGCUGACGCUGAGGACGAAGCGGGCUACUCAUCUUCGUCUGAUGGCGAGGAUGACGAGGGACCAGAAGACUUGGAUGGGUACAAGCACGGUGGUGCCCGCGGCACCGCUGCUUCCAGCGAGCCUAACACGAUCUCGAGUGGAGGAGAAGAGCAGCUGCCACCCGCAACAACGACUGCUGGAGCCAGCGAGCGCUUCCCCGAGCUCGACGAUGACGACAGCGCCAACAACUCUUCCCUUCCUCUCGCUGCUGGUGCUGGUGCUGGUGCCGCCGUUGCGGGAGGUGCUGGUGCUGCAGCCCUUGGCGGUGGCCUGAUGCCUCCCUCAACGUCCUCCGCCACCAGUCUGGGCGGCAACGAAUUCCUCAGCAGCCAAAACACAGGAACGACGGAUGCAGCCUUUGUGGACGCGGCGGACAGUGCCGGCCAUACUACUUCAGGCGCGACGAGCGGCAUCCCCGCCGCUACCGCCCAGGAGGAGCGCAGCGUCACACCGGCCAUGCCUGGCGCCUUUGGCUCUGGCACCGCUGGAGCAGCGGGAAUGAGCGGAUUCGACGACGACUUUGCUGCUGCUCCCGUCGCACCAGCUCCUGCGGUCGUUCCUCCGCCGACCGUAGCCAGCAUGCCUCCUGCCGCGGACGAUGCAGGGACAGCGCAGUUGAGCCCAGCGAAUAGCACCAAGACUCGACGAGCGCCUCCUCCUGCGCCUGUGAGGAGCGGGACGCUUGGAUCUGCCCAGUCGUCCGCUCCUUCUGCACCCGCAGCAGCUACUGCGCCUGCUCAACAGCAACCGUCCUUCGACGACUUUGAAUCCUCAUUUGCUGACUUCGGCUCUGCCAAUACCACCAACGCCUCAACAGCAAGCGCAGGCACGGAGGCUACGACCAAGACAGCCACGGCCGGCUCGCUCAGUCGUGACGAAGGAUUCGAGGAUGCAUUCGAUGACGCCGACUUUGACUUUGUGCCUUCCUUCGACAACAACAAGGCUAGUGGCGGCGCGUCCAAUACCGCAUCCUCGGCCUUCCCUGGCGCCAGUACCGCGCCUGCCGACAACAACGCCUUUGCAGGCUUCGAUGACGCCUUUGGCCCUGCGGCUACGUCUACGACGGGCGGUGCUGGAGCAACGGGCAGCAAGUCCACUUCGGACCCAAGCUCGGCGUUCAGCUCGUUUGAGGACGCUUUCGCUCCUUCAGAGGAUGGAGCAGCUGGCGCAAGCUCAUCAGCAGCACCAGCCUUCGCUUCGACUACCCCUGCCACCGCAAGCAAUGCCCCCUCGAGCAGCGCCCCUCCGCCAGUCCCAGCGCGAAGCGCGACAGGCGGCGCCACCGGCCCAUUCGCUCCUCCACCAGGUCCACCACCCGGUGUCGCUCCCAAGUCUUCAUCAGGAGGAACAGGAGGUAGCGAGCCAACAGCCGCCCUCCCAGACGAUGCCCCCGCUGUACGCCAGUUGGCAGGCAUGGGCUUCCCGCGCAACAAGGUGAUCGCUGCACUCGAGAAGAGCAACUAUAGGGUCGAGAAGGCGCUGGAGAGGUUGUUGGCUGAUUCGUAG